CCUUUGUUACUCUUCUCAAAUCGUUCCUUCUCUUCCUCUUUUCCCUUCUUCAUUUCUUAAUUUCCUGGAUUUUCCUCUUUCUUCCAUGGAUAUAAUCCCGGAUCUCCCUAACGAUAUUGCCCGAGACUGCUUGAUUCGUCUUCCCUACAAGCAGUUCCCCACCAUUGCAUCCAUUUGCAAAGCUUGGAGACUUGAGCUUCAACUCCCAGAAUUUUCUCGCCGAAGAAAAUCUACUGCUCAUACCCAAAACCUUCUUAUUUUCUCCCAAGCACGACUCGACCCGAAUCGGAAUUCGGGUCUGGCGAAAAGCUUCACCACGCCGGUUUAUCGGGUCACGGUUCUGGAACCUGAUACGGGUGACUGGUCCGAGUUGCCUCCGAUACCCGACUUGCCUAACGGGUUGCCCAUGUUUUGCCAGCUCGCUGCUGUCGGUUUGGAACUCGUGGUGAUGGGCGGGUUAGACCCGGAGACUUGGGAGACUAGCGAUUCCGUUUUGUUUCAACUUCGCGUCGCAAAUGGCGGCGUGGGGCGACAUGCAGUGUACGGCGUUACUAGCUCGAAAUGGACAAAAGUGAAGGAAGGCGAUGGGUUUAGUGGACAUGUUCAAGCGGGAUGUCAGUUGGAGAUUUAA